CGGGCUGAUCGAGGCACGCGUGCUGAGGCAUACGAGAGUCUGUGCAUGUCACUGUCCCCGAAAUCGGCUGAAGCGUACGGUGCACUUGUCGACCUACUCAUCCAAGACGAACCCGACGACGAACAGGGCGCUUUUAAUACUACACAGGAUGGCGCUGUGAUCUGGAACUCUAGGGAGAAGCGCAUCCUCUAUCAUAUUCUAGAUAAGAAGGGCAAUAAUGGAAUCCCAGAGAUUUCACAAGCUAUCGGAUCGAAAUCAGAGCUCGAGAUUCAGGAGUAUUUGAAACUUCUUCACAGCGGUCUGCGACACCAACAUUUCAACCAAAGCCAUGCCAGAGCCAUCAUUCUAAGCGAAAUACCUGCUGCUGCCGAAAUAAGUAAGGCUUGUUCUAGUGCACUUGAUGAAUAUGCCGAGUUUCUUUGCCUGAAGGAGCAACUGGCCGAAGACGUUAUUGGGAAACAGAAACACAAGAACCUGUGGAUCAUUGAUCGGGAAACUGCAGAGCACGUGGAGGAACCCUUCAAACAUCUAGAUGGGCAAGUGGGUAUUGUUUCUAGUGCUGAGCGCACCUCUGGAUUGCUCAAUCUGCCAAAAUGGAUCCUGCUCUCGGAACGCUUGUUUAUGAACUUCGGUAGCUCAAGGCUUGAGGAUAAUUGGGCCAAUGUAGCAUUCGAAGAUGAAUCCCCAUCAAUGACAGCUGAGGCUUGUGGGGAGUUCCAUGAUAUAGCUCUAAAGAUAACCCGUGACCUAGUUCAGUCGGCGAUCGAGUUUGCUCGGAUGAGGUGCCGCGGGAAACGAACGGGACGUCGACCAGCAAAAGUUGUGCGGUCCUCAGAUGUGAGAAAGGCAGCGCGCUUACUCAACAUGAAGCGGAACAGCUCUGACUUUUGGAUUGGAUUGGCGCGACGAUGUUGCCUUGACGUGGCAGACAUCCGGCACAAGAAAGGGUGGAAAACAAUCAGGCUAAAUUACGAUGAAGUAGAGGGUGUACUAUCUGGCAAGACUCAACUCCCUAAUGAACCUUAUGAGAGACCGUCAUCAGAAAUAAUAUCCCGGAGAAUUUCUGAGGCUAGUAUAGCGAGCGAAUCAUCAUUCGAUCCGCAAGAUGACGAAGACGACCUUGAAGUCGCGCAUGCUGAAGCCCUCGAUCAGAAAAUCAGCCAUGCCCAGGAGCUACAUUGCUGGACACUAAUCGGCAAGCCGCCCCCAGCGUCAUUUAGUGCCCAGGUUCAGGAUAUCAAGCUCCCACCAAGGCCAAAAGGUAAACGCAAAACUAUGGAGGAGCUGGUAGAUUGGCGCGACAGAACCCCCUAUCACAGCGAAUGGGAAGAGUACGGCUACGAGACUAGAGAACUACACAAGAAGCUGAGAAGAAACCACCGGAAGAGACGACGGAUAGAG